UCAAAAUCUGUGAAUAUUUUCGGAAGUUCAUUUCCGAAACUGUUGCUGCAUAUACAAAUUUCCCUCCUUCACUAUUUCAUCAUUUUUCUCCAAAACUUCUCAAAACCCUCUCUAAAACCCAAUCAAUCUCCAUCAAUUUUUCGCCCUAAAAUCAAGUUUCAAACCGUUGAUCACGUUAAAGGGAGCAUAGAAAGCUACAAUUUCAGGUAUGGUGCAUCCGGACAACAUUGUGCAAGACGAUGGAGUAUUAAAUUCGGAAAUUGUCAACGUUAAUAACGAUCCGGUUAUUGACGUUACUCCUAUGAUCAAUGCGGUUGAUGUUCGGCAAGAAUUUACAAAUGAUCGGAGCUUCGGUAGUCGCGAACAAUUGAUUGAUUGGGUUCCGAAGGAAGCUAGUAAACUUGGAUUUGGAAUUGUUAUUUUAAGGUCGGACAACGGAAAUAGUAGGCGGAAAGCUUUCGUUGUUUUGAAUUGCGAACGGGGUGGUAGUUAUGUACAAUCAAACCGUGUGCUAAAACACGAGGACACGGGAUCGAGAAAGUGCGGUUGUCCGUUUAAGUUGCGUGCCACUCGGAGGGUUGAUGAUAUGUGGCGGUUAACCGUAAUUUGUGGAAUGCAUAAUCAUGCCUUGGAUGUCAAGUUACACGGGCAUCCAAUGGCGUGUCGUUUGUCCCGCGAAGAGAGAAAUGUGAUAUCGGACCUAACGAUAGUCAAAGUGGCGCCUCGCAACAUACUUGCCGAUUUGAAGCGUAAGAAACCGGAUAGCGUUUCAAAUAUCAAGCAAGUUUACAAUGAACGGCACAAUCUCAAGGUUUUAAAUAUGGGCCCUCGGUCGGAAAUGCAACAACUUUUGAAACUACUAGGCGAUAACAAUUAUGUUUCAAGCUUCCGAACCUCCGAGGACAAAGUUACGGUGCGUGAUAUUUUUUGGACUCAUCCCGAAAGUAUCAAAUUGUUCAACACAUUUCCAACCGUUCUAGUCAUGGAUUCGACGUACAAGACAAACAAGUAUAGACUUCCUCUUCUAGAGAUCGUCGGUGUGACCUCGACGGACAAGACUUAUUCGGUGGGGUUUGCUUUUUUGGAGUGUGAAAAAGAAGACAACUUUACGUGGGCCUUGGGAAUUUGCAAGUCUUUGUUAGUUGAUCAAGAGGUUAUGCCAAACGUCAUUGUCACCGAUCGAGACAAUGCUUUGAUGAAUGCGGUCGAUACCGUCUUCCCGACAUCUACCGCUUUACUUUGCCGGUAUCACAUAACUUGCAACGUGAGAAGCAAGUUGAAACCCGCGGUUGGGACAAAAGAUAGGCCGGAUGAAAAUGGUAAAGUUGUCAAAGCCGGUGUUGUGGUUGAUAGGAUAAUGGCGGCAUGGAGGGGAAUUUUGGAUGCAUACUCCGAAGAGGAUUAUACCGAGAAAUUGGUACACUUUAGGUCUUUGUGUGGUUCCAUUAAGACUUUUUGUCAUUACGUCGAAUCCACCAUUCUUGACAAGGUUAGAGAAAAAGUCGUGUGCGCUUGGACAAAUCGGGUUAGACAUCUUGGUUGCACCACGACUAACCGAGUUGAAUCCGCACAUGCGGUUUUCAAGAGGUGGUUGGGUGAUAGCAAGGGAGAUUUGUGUCGGGGAUGGGACACCGUGAACCAAAUGCUUGAAAAUCAACACAAUGAAAUUCAAACAUCGUUCGGUCGGAGCAAGACGGUUAUGGAACACCGGUAUAAGGGCCAAAUUCUAUUCUCCCAAUUGAUUUACAACAUAUCUCGAACGGGUUUGAAUUUUUUGUUUCAUGAAGCUAAGCGGUCGGAGACCACGGGGACGGAUAGUUCAUUAUGUGGGUGCACCAUUAGAACUACAUACGGCCUUCCGUGUGCUUGUAUACUUGCAAAAAAGAAAAAGUUAAGUUCACCCAUACGCAUGGAUGAGGUAGCCGACCAUUGGAAGAAACUUCGUUUUGAUGAUUUUGACCCGCCGAAAGAAAAUGACUCCAAAAUCACCAUCUCCGACGAGUUGGAAGUGAUAAUGGAGAAGUUUGCUAAAGCGGACGACACAACAAAAAUGCACAUAAAAGAACAAUUGCAAAAGAUCGCGUUUUCGGAGACCACCGAUUUGAAACUGCCAUCUCAACCGGUUAAAACGAAAGGUGCACCGAAAAAGUCCAAAAUUACACAAGAUGACACGUCAACAAAACGAUCUCCUUCCUACUUUGAACAUGUUGAUGCAUCGUUUUCGGAAAUUCAUGAGACACCGAAGUCCACGUGUAGUGGUAACAAAGGAGCCCGUAUUUCGAAGCCACCUCGCACACCGCCGAUCAAAAAAUACCGAUUGUCUACAUUGAUGAGAUGCCACUUUUUAUGCACAAAUAUAUCGAUAACAUCGUUGAUGUUGGAGGCGACGGAAAUUGUGGAUAUCGGGCCGUUGCGGGUUUGCUCGGUAAAGGGGAAAAUAAUCACACUUUAGUCCGACGGGAGCUCAUUGCGGAGUUGACUUCGGAGUUGACUUCGAAGUGGAUGUCAUUCCUCGAGAUGGGUCAUCUAAUAGCAAGUGCGUAUGAUAUGGUGUGCGUCGAUUUGACGAGGUUUGGACUAAGUGAGACUUUCUUUCCACUUCAUAGUCGGCCGCCGUUGGACGCGUCGGGCCGCAUCAUAUGCAUCGGGUAUCUACGAUCGCGGCACUUCGUUCAAGUGUUUUUGAAACCGGGUUGUCCUAUACCGGCUACUUCUUGUCAAUGGACGGCACAUCGUUCAAAUGAGGCGGAGACUUGGCCGGAUCCGUUUGUUUCGAGAAUGGCGGAGUUUGAAGAAAUGAUGAGCAAAGAGCGCGAGCAAAAUAGAGAGCGGUCGAAGAACGUGCCUAUUUUGGACUUAGGAUCCACCGAUUGGUUCGGUGAAUUUUAGUUCGUUCCGGAUCGUUUUUUGUUUGGAACGAUCAUUUUUUGUAUGUAUUGUUGUUUAUCAUGUAAAAUCGGACCGAUUCAAUACAUAUAUAAUAUAAGUUUGUUUUAUGUUGUCAUUGCCUAUUUUAUGCCUAUUUUGUAUGCUUUUGGUAUUGUUUACACAAAACAGAAUGCAAUGCACAAAAUGCAAAAUUCACCUCUGUUUCUGCAUAAUUCGGAAAUGAACUUCCGAAAUAUACAUGUCUGGAGCCUAUUUUCGGAAGUUCAUUUCCGAAAUGUCCCCUGAGGCAGGAUAAGGUUUGUUGGGCCAUCAAUGCUCCAAUAAGUCUAUAAAUACUACACACUCUUCUUCAUCCUCUUCACACCACAAAACACAAAUGACACAAACCUACCCCCACCUACCAUUCGUCUACUUUGAAACCGGCUACCCGAUGCCGUUCCAAUUUCGCUUCUCGCGCGACACGCCGUUUGCGGAAUUGAUACCGUCGCUCAACACGCUUUUGCGCUAUCCCGAGAAUUGAAAGGUUGUCAAGCUCGAGUACCGCUCACCAUCGCUUAACGACGAGGGAGGCAUUAAGUUCACACAUUUUGAGAUCAAGAACGACGAAGAUUUAGCGGUUAUGUGGACAACGUUCGACCGAUUUUCUUCGAAAGGCCCGAUCGAGUUGGACGCCAAACUUCAAAGAUCGGCGGACGACGUUAUCAAAAUGUUGACUCAUCCCCACCUACCCGUGUUCAACAAUAUGUAACUUUAAUUUUCAGUAAUAUUAUCGUUGUAAUCUUCACCCGAUUAAAUAAAGCGAAUCGUUGUUGUUUUUCAUUUUUCUUCUGUCCAGACAUAAAUUCGGAGGUUCAUUUCCGAAUUCCAUCAUGGGGGUGAGUUCGGACAUGAAAUUCCGAAACACCACAUUUUCUGAAAAUGUAACUUUAUUUCGGAGAUGCAUCUCCGAAAUCAAUAUUUUAUAUUAAAAAAAACACGUUUUCGGAAGUUCAUUUCCGAAAACCCCUUUUUUCCAAAAAAAAGUACCUUUUCGGAAAU